AUGGAGCAAGCCAAGAUUAAUCAUGAAGGCAUGCUGAACUUGGAGCAGCCGCUUAUCAAGGUGCCUUUGGAGCAACUCAAGAGAGCACUCAGAACAUCACAAAAGCAUGUCGAGAAAGAAAUGCUUGCCUUGUCUACUCAGGUUGAGUCUGUCAUUUCCAAAGCUUCUUCAUCUGCUUCAUUAGAUGAAAUAUGCACCUCUCUUGAUGCCUCUAUUAGUCGUCUACAUGGACUCAAGCGCAAGCUUGAUGAGAUCAAGAUAGAGGAAGACUUGUAUGUACACCAUACUAAAGUUCGUUUGGAGCACCUUGCUGAAGUAUCGCAUAUUCAAGUAGUUGAUUCCGAGGCAUACAUUCGCUGGAGUAAAACACGGCUGGCUCGUAUCUUGGUUGACUAUAUGCUUCGUCAAGGAUUGAGCACAUCGGCUGUCAAGUUGGCAACGGACUCACAAAUUCAGGAUCUGGUAGAUAUUGAUCUUUUUUCACAAAGUCGCAAGAUUGAGGCAGCUUUACUGAAAAAGAGCUGCAACGAAUGUCUCCAAUGGUGUAGUGACAACAGAUCGAGUCUUAAAAAGGCCAAGAGUACACUUGAAUUUAAUCUUCGCUUGCAAGAGUACAUUGAGUUGGUUCGUGUUUCCAAGACUUCUCAAGCGAUUGCAUAUGCCCGCAAGUAUUUGACUCCAUGGUCUGACACGCACAUGCAGCAAAUCCAACAAGCCAUGGGACUACUGGCUUUUACUUCGCAAACUACAUGCAAAAGCUACAAAUUAUUAUUCGACGAAUCGCAAUGGACAAAUCUUGUGCAGCAGUUUAAAACAGACAACUAUGCGUUGAACUCGCUUACUCUUCGACCUCUAUUGCAUAUGACACUCCAGGCUGGACUUGCUUCGCUCAAAACACCUACAUGCUCGCAGCCACUAUCUAAAAAUGUCAACUGUCCAGUGUGUGAAAGCGACACGUUUGGCAAGUUGGCAGAAAAGCUUCCAUGCUCACACCAUGUAAAUUCCUGUGUUGUGUGUCGUAUUAGCGGCAAGAUUAUGGAUGCAGAUAACCCACCUUUAGUUUUGCCCAAUGGUCAAGUCUAUUCAACAUUGGCACUGAAGGAUAUAGCAUCUAGAAAUGAUGGAUCUAUUUUGUGUCCAACCACUGGUGCUACUUACCAUUUAACUGAAACUCGCAAAGCAUUUAUUGCGUAAUGUGUUU